AUGUAUUUUUUAUUUUUUCCUCUUCUUUUUCUAUGGAUUCGUUUUCCUAUAAUUUUGUUUCUAUUCAUUCUUUCUUCCCUUUUGUUCCCAUGUAUUCUCUCAUUCUUUCUUUCUGUUUAUCUGUAUUUUAUUUGUAUUUAUUUCUUUUUCUAUCUAUUCUAUCACUCUUACUUUUUGUGCCAUGUAUUUCAUUUUCUUUUUAGUUUCUAUCUAUUCUCACUUUCUUUCUUUUGGCUUCUGUAUAUCCUCUUUUUCUUUCUUUUGUUUACAUGUAUUUUUCUUUCUUUUUGCUUCCAUAUACUCUUUCCUUUCGUUCCCAUGUAUUCUCUUUCUUUUUUGUUUCUAUGUAUUCCCUCUUUCUUUUUAUUGACAUAUAUCCCCUUUUCCUUUUUUUCUUCUUCUUCUUCUUUCUCUCUUCUGUAUAUUCUCUCUUUCUUUCUUUUUGGUGCCAUGUAUUGUCUCUCUCUUUUUGUUGUCAUGUAUCCUCUCUUUCUUUUUGUUUCUAUGUAUGUUCUCUUUCGUUUCUAUUCAUGUAUUCUCUUUCUUUCUUUUGGUGUCCAUGUAUUCUCUAUGUCUUUAUUUCUUUCUUUUCAUGUAUUCUCUCCUUUUUUUUCUUUUUUCUUGGGUGGGGGUGGAGUCCAUGCAUUCUCUCUUUCUUUCGGUUUCCAUUACUUUUCUCUUUCUCGCUUUUUUUCAUUUAGUUUCUGUCUUCUUGUUUUCAUGCAUUCCUUUACUCAUUCUUUUCAUUUUCAUGUAUUAUAUUCCUUUUUAAUUUGCAUUAAUUUAUUUCCUUUUUUUUUCUGUACCCACCUUCAUUUCUUCCUUCAAUUCAUUUGCGUUUAUUCUUUUUGCUUGUAUUUGUUAUCUUUCUUUCUUUUCGUUGUCCAUAUAUUAUUUUAUUCUUUCCUAUUUUUCCACGUUUUUAUCUUUUCUCUUAUUCUUUGUACUACUUUUUAUCAUUCGAGUCCAUUUACUUCUUCAUGUUUCUUUCUUUUCUGUUUCUAUGCAUUCUUUCUUUCAUCCUCUUUCCAUUUCCGUGUAUUAUAUAUUUUCAUUCGCUUCAUGUAUUGUUUUUCUUUCUUUCUUUAA